ACACUUACGAAACCAGUGGGAACUCAAUUGCACCAUGAAGUCCGCACUACUUUUGAUCUGCCUUGCCUUCUUCGUGGCGCUCCUAAGCACCGGAAAUGCGUGCGAUCCCAAUUCUGACAACCAGCCCGACUGCAGCGACGCAUCCAACGUGCAAACGAACAUCCGCAACUUCUGGGAUCCCACUCGCUACUGGUGGUGUGAGUCCUCCACCUCCACGGCCACGGCUGUGUUGUGCCCGUUGUCCACUGGAUUCGACCCCACAAAGAAGGAGUGCGUUUCAUGGAGCGAAUGGUCUUGGACUGCUUACUGUUGAUUGCAUUUUUAAUAACAACAAAAAUGAAAAUAUAUGGCAAACUAAAUG